UUUGUGACUAUUCUAAAUUCAAUACUUCACGUUUCGUAAAAAUACCAACAAUCGCUCAUGAGGUUACAUUUUGUUAAAACAAUGUUUUAUUCGUUAUGUAGAUAGAGAAGCUAUGUACAAAGAAACGAAUACAAUGAAAUAAAUAAAUUGUAAAAUGGUAACAGAGAUCGUUCAUACGAUUCUCUCAUUAAAGUUCGUGAAGAGUUUCUUCUGCAAAGAAAGAUCUUAUGCAAACAAAGCGAAUUUUCGAAGAAGACGAAAUGAAAUCAUCGAUGAAGCAGACAACCAGAAUAAAUCUACGAACAAUGCUAAAACACACAAGAUUAAAAACCAGUGCAAUAAAAUAAGAUUUAAAGUACCGUUAUUAGUUUCAUUCCUCGUUCUAUAUAUAUGUGUAUUUAAUGUGAUAAUUAUGUGUGAUGUUAGUGUUAAUAAUGUAAAUAUGACGACUUUAGAACACAAACAUGAUAAGUUGAAAAAUGAAAAGGGCUUAGGUUUAGUAAAGCGGCGAAACUUAGAUGAAAAAUCUCUUGAAAGUGUCGAUAAGAGUACCACGGACGAUCAAGAUGCAGACAAUGAAGAAACAUCUGACAAAUACUCUAUGAGUGAAGUACUUGAAUUGAACAAAUAUUACAGUUAUUAUAAGCAAAAAGAAAAUAAUACGGAUGAUCCUCAAUAUGCGAGUACGAUACAAGUACCGAAAAAUAUUUUCGACGACACAAGAGCUGUGGGUCGACCACACGAUUUAUCUACAAAUCCUUAUUUCGUUAAGAAAACGAAUUUCCAACUGAGACCAGAAUCUCAUCAAUUUGAUGAAAAAAUACUAAAGCUGGGAGUUUUAUUACCAGCUGAUCCGACCCAAGUAUUUUCUUUGGCUAAGGUUUUGCCGAUAGUUGAAAUGUCUGUGCCGGCUGUUACUAAGCCUGAUGGACCUUUACCGGGAUGGAAAAUACUCGUAGAUUAUAGAGAUACGAGAUGUUCGUCCGUUGAUGGCCCUCUUGCAGCAUUCGAAUUUUAUGUCAACGCGUCCGCUGAUGCCUUCAUUGGUCCUGGUUGUGAAUACGUAAUAGCGCCUGUAGCGCGAUAUGCUGGACUUUGGCGAAUACCGGUUCUUACGGCUGGAGCUCAGGCUGAAGCGUUUGGCUACAAGAUACCAAGCUACAUGUCGCUAACAAGAAUGAUGGGGAGCUAUACCCAAGCCGGGGUUGCCAUCAGAAAAGUUUUUGAGGAGUUCAAUUGGAGGAAAUUCGGUAUGCUCUACCACAACAACGAACCAUCAACUGGAAAGGGCAACAGUCCUUGCUUCAUGACCCUCAGCGCAGUCUUCACGGUCCUCCAAAAGAAAGCAGCCGACAAUACGCCGAACAUACACUUCGAUGAGAACAAUGUAACGACGACAAAAAUAAAACAGCUCUUACAAAAACUUUCACUUAGCACUCGAAUUGUGGUGGUUUGCGCCAACCCUAGCAUAGUUCGAGAGAUUAUGCUGGCAGCAGAUGAUCUCAAUAUGGUAUCCUCUGGCGAGUACGUGUUCUUCAACAUCGAGUUAUUUUCAAACUUAGCAUCAGCUUCGUCCAAAGAGCCGUGGAAGGUAGAAGGCGAUACGGAUGAAAGGAAUGAAAGAGCGAGACGCGCAUAUAGUGCUGUCCUUACCGUAACCAGUCCAGCGCCGGAGAAAAAAGAAUAUUUAGAAUUUUCGGAUCAGGUCAAACAACUGGCAGAAACGAAGUACAACUACACAUUCGGCAAGGGAGAAGUUGUCUCUACAUUCGUAGCUGCCUUUUACGAUGCUGUGCUUCUUUACGCGCUGGCACUAAACGAUACUUUACGACAGGCUGACGACCCCAGGGGAGAGUUGGAUGGAGCGGCGGUUAUUCGCAACAUGUGGAAUAGAACGUUUCAAGGUAUAACUGGUGAAGUGAUAAUUAAUGAAAAUGGUGACCGCGUCGCUUCUUAUUCCCUCUUGGAUAUGAACCCGAAAACAAGCAAAUUUGAGGUAGUUGCAACGUACGUAGCCGCGAAUUCAUCUCUACAAUUCGUAGAAAAUCGACCCAUCUACUGGGCGGGAGGAAGGACCACACCCCCUCCAGAUACUCCUAAGUGUGGCUUUGAUGGGUCUCUUUGCCCUGACAACUCUCUUCCUGUGUACGCGAUAUUGAGCAUAGUGCUGAGUUCCUUCGUUGUUAUAUUGGCGAUUCUAUCAGUAUUUAUAUACAGGCAUUACAAACUCGAAGCGGAGAUCGCGAUGAUGACGUGGAGAGUUAGCUGGAGCGAUGUUUUACUUCCCGGAGGUCGGCUGCGCGGCAGCAUACAUUCGUUAGCUCGAAGGUAUAGCUCUGGGACUGCAUAUUCUGAUGAAGCAACUUCACUCGCCGGAGACCGUCAAGUGUAUGCUCCUUGCGGUUUUUACAAAGGCUGCCGAGUGGCUAUCAAGAAAGUUGAUAAACAAAGAAUAGAUUUGACAAGACCUCUCCUACUGGAACUUAAGAAAAUGAAAGACUUAGAACAUGAUCAUCUGGCUAGAUUUUACGGUGCAUGCGUAGAUCCCCCACACUGCUGCCUCCUCACAGAAUAUUGCCCCAAAGGAUCCCUACAAGAUAUUUUGGAAAACGAUACGAUUAAAUUAGACUGGAUGUUCAAAGUUAGCUUAAUGCAUGACAUUGUGAAGGGAAUGCAUUAUCUACACAGCAGUGAUAUACGAUCGCACGGAGCUUUAAAAUCAAGUAACUGCGUCGUGGAUUCUCGCUUUGUGUUGAAGAUAACUGAUUUCGGUCUCAAUGCCCUGAGGACACCUGAGAAAGACACCAAAGCACACAGCUAUUGGACUCGUCUUCUUUGGACAGCACCAGAACUUCUGCGAAUGGUUGAACCACCUCAUGAAGGGACUCAGAAGGGAGAUGUUUAUUCAUUCGGUAUUAUCAUGCAUGAAAUUGUUAACCGACAAGGCGUAUUUUGGCUCGGUCCUGGAAUCGAUUUAUCCCCUAAAGAGAUGAUAGAUGCGAUAAUAUCCAGUGGUCUCCGACCUAAUACGACAUAUAAUAGAUCUUGUGAAGCUGAUGAUGCAACUGAUCUCAUGCGAAGAUGUUGGGCAGAGGACUCGACCGAGAGACCAGAUUUUGGACACUUGAAGGGAGCUAUACGACGCCUCAAUAAAACUCAAGAAAGUAGUAAUAUUUUAGAUAAUUUGCUUUCCCGUAUGGAACAAUAUGCUAAUAAUUUAGAAUCAUUAGUAAGCGAACGUACACAGGAUUAUUUGGAAGAGAAGAAAAAGUGCGAGGAACUGUUGUACCAAUUGUUACCGAAGUCUGUGGCAUCUCAGCUGAUCAAAGGGGAAUCUGUUGUUGCCGAAACCUUCGAACAAGUCACCAUUUACUUUUCUGAUAUCGUUGGAUUUACUGCACUGUCCGCAUCAUCAACGCCCAUGCAAGUCGUAGAUUUGCUUAAUGAUCUGUACACCUGCUUCGAUUCAAUCGUUGAGAACUAUGAUGUGUAUAAGGUGGAAACAAUAGGUGAUGCAUACAUGGUGGUAUCUGGUCUACCAGAGCGUAACGGUACUCGACAUGCUCGUGAAGUGGCUCGCAUGUCUCUUGCGCUGUUGGACGCUGUGCGACGCUUCAAGAUCAGACAUCGGCCGCUUGAUCAGCUAAAACUACGCAUUGGCUUGCACUCUGGACCGUGUGUAGCUGGAGUUGUAGGGCUGAAGAUGCCACGAUAUUGUCUAUUUGGAGACACUGUAAAUACCGCGUCGAGAAUGGAAUCAAAUGGUGAAGCACUAAAAAUUCAUGUAUCACCUACAACGAAAGCAUUACUUGAUAGUUUUGGUACAUUCCGCUUAGAGUGUAGAGGAGAAGUUGCUAUGAAGGGUAAAGGUGUUCUAGUCACAUACUGGUUAUUAGGUGAAAUAAUAGAUCCAAGCGCACCUAAAGAAAAAACACCUUUAGUUAAGUUACAAAGGCAAUCAAUGGAGAGUGGUUCAUUAUCACAUCUCACGCCGUUUAGACAGCGCAUGGAUCCAUCAUCAAGGCCAUCUAGCAGACGUGGUUCAGGUACAUUCCUACAAAAACAAACAGACAUUAGACAAUUGGAGAAAGAAGCUCAACCACUUUUACAAGUUAUUAAAAUGCAAAGACAGCAUUCUGAUCCGACUGAACCAGUUACAAAUGGAGUAAAGGAUGUAGAGGAAGUAGAUAAAUUAAGCGUGACAAAGUCAGUAUCAUUAAAUGUUAACUCACUUAAUCAUAACAAUGUGAAUCAAACUGGACAGCCUAAAGUAAAGCUUAAGGACUGUCAAAUGAAUUCAGUGGGUAAUCAUAAGUUGAACAAAAUGGGUAAUAAUAAUUGGAUACCCAAGCUACCUACAGCGAGUUCCUUUGAUAAUGGCGCUAAAAAAGUAAACGAGUGUCUCAAAGACUACAGUAGUGUACCUCUGUUGUCAAAAGCGGAAAAGCUAAACGAUUCCGUAGUAUGA